AUAGGAUUAUUUGGCGCGGUCAUGUUGAUCGUUGGCCGUGUGGUUGGAUCUGGAAUUUUUGCAUCCCCCGGUCCUCUGUUCGCCCAGGUGAAUAGUGUUGGCAUGGCGUUGGUGCUUUGGACGGUUACAGGAAUGAUUACGGCAGUUGGAGCCUUAGCCUAUGCUGAACUGGCAACAGCAUUUCCAGCUUCAGGAGGUGAAUACAUUUAUCUUCGUAAAGCUUUCGGUCCACUCCGAAAAAAUCCCAUUCCAUUUGUGUUUGCAUGGGCGGCAUCGUUUGUUGCCUUUCCUUUAGCCAUGGCAAGUAUCGCCAAUGUAUUUGCAAAGUACUUGCUUUACCUUGCCUACUAUCACCCUGGCAUGGCCGCGGACAAGAUACCUGCUCCGCCAAACUACGCCGUAAAGCUUGUUGCAGUUGCAUGCAUAUGGGCUGUAGCCAUCUUCAACAUGGUGUCUCGUAGUAGUGGAAACUAUGUACAAAAUGUCACGGCAGUUGCAAAAUUUAUUGGAUUGUUUAUCAUUUGCAUUGUGGGGAUCGUUUGGCUGGCCAAGGGUACCUACCUCUUUCACUUUCAGAACGCAUUCGAAGGAUCCAGUACCACUUUUUGGCCAUAUGGAACGGGCAUAUACUUGGCGUUAUUUUCUUACAAUGGCUGGAAUAACGCCACUUAUUCUACUGGUGAAUUACGAAAUCCUAAUCGCAAUAUCCCUCUUGCAGUCGCCAUCUCCACCUUAUCAGUAACAUUCAUUUAUGUUUUGACGAACGUAGCAUAUUUCGCAACUCUUCCCUUGGAUAUCAUCAAGACUAGCUCAGUCACCGCUCUAAACGUAGGUGUUAAUACUAUGGGCCCUCCAGGAGCAUACAUUUUGACAAUCUUUGUCAUGUUCUCCACCUUCGGUACUGUUAACGGUAACAUGUUCUCAGCAUCAAGAGUUCUGCUUGCUACGGCUCAAAACGGAAUUCUUUUGCCGAAAUUCCUCGCUUACGUCCACCCUACUCGAAAGACUCCAAUUGUUGCCCUCUUCGUCAUAGCUGUCAUCACAAGUGCCUUGACCGCCCCAGGAGACUUCACAUUUUUGAGCAAAAUGGUGACGCUGGUCCAAUGGAUAUUUUAUUGCGCAGCCGUCGUCGGGCUUUGUUAUAUGAGGAUCUUCCACUCCGAGCGAUUGGAAAAACGUGCCAUCAAAGUACCUCUACCGCUACUCUUAAUCUUC